UGAUAAAGGUCCCAGCAGGGCCCGGGGUCACUCUGCACGUACAGCGCACGGAGCGGUGCUGAGAUCGUCCCUCGCCCUAUUUACUAAAAGGGCAGGCUAGUUUGCAAGAACACCAAGACGAUUGGCAUGAGAGGAGACUGGAGUACUGUAACUCAGGAUAUAUUUGCUACAAGUAUCCACGCAAAUUGACAAGCCACACAGGAGGUCCAGCUCCUGCCGACGUGCGAUACCCACGGGUACUCCAGGCAUGUACCAGCCAUCUUCAACCGACCCAUGCGGUAUUUGCGGCUCUGGGUGCCCAGUGCCCGUGCUAUUGGUGUCCUGUGGGCACCGCUUCUGCCUCGACUGUGUGGAAAACUUCUGGCAGCGUCUUCCCAACUGUGAGAGAUUGUGCCCCACAUGCACCUUGCCCAGGGAGGAGCAGGCGUGCCCCAGAGCACAGGCAUUGCAGUGUGACCUGUGCCCAUCCCAUAGCCCGUGCAUUGCCCGCUGGAGUUGCCUGACUUGUGGGGAAUCGUACUGCCCCGAGCACUGCCAGCCGCACAUAAUGGCCGAGGAUGGUGAGGGCACAGCCGGUCACCAGGUAUGUGAUGCAGGUGGAGAGGAGGCCAGAAGGAUGCAGGAGCUGAGGAGAGGGCCACGCAGGUGCCCGGAGCACAGGGAGCGGGCGGUGGAGCUCUUCUGCGGACAGUGCAGGGUGUGUGUGUGCACGCUGUGUCCCAUACUGGGAGCGCACAAAGGGCACCCGGUGACACUCAUACAGCAGGAGGCCGGGAACAAGAAGAAUCUGACAAGCAGAUGCCUGGAGCAGCUUGAUCAAAAGAGAAGUGAUGUACUUGGCAACAUACAGCACAUUGAGCAAGCUGCCACUGAUCUCAAGACCCAUACUUUAGCAAGCAAAGAUUGGCUGACAGGAAAAUUUGCAGAGCUAAGACUACUGCUGGAUGAAGAAGAAAAGAUUGCAAAGAAAUUUAUUGAGGACAAGGCUAAGAUGACCCUAUGGGCCUAUGAUGGUCAAGUAGAGUUAUGUCAAGAGCAAAUAAGUGCCAUUGACAAAUUUUCUGCCCACAUUAGAAGUAUACAUCAACAACCGGACGCUGUACAACUCAUUCAGGAUUAUACCUCAGUGGAGAGGGAAAUGCGGAGUCAGAUGGCUCCAGCCGAGCAGUGGCAUCCAGUGCCAGUUACCUUUGAACAUGUAGAGAAAUACUACAUCUCACUCAUAGAUGCCAUCAAAUCUUCAUUUAAGGAACCACUUUCAAGCCGCCUACAAAAAGAUGCAAUUAGUGGCCCCAGCGGGCGAUCAUCCGAAGAACCAGGAACCCUAAUUAAAACAAAAUCAUUUGUGAAUAGGCAAUUAUUCUUAAAACAUACCAGAAGUCCAACCUUAGACCCUGACACAAUGCACCCUAAGUUAAGGCUUUCAGAAGACCGUCUUACAGUACACUGUGCUUGGUUAGGGAAGUUUAACUCUAGUCAUCCUCAGAGGUUUGAUAAACUCAUGCAAAUACUAAGCAGAGACUCAUACUACUCUGGUAGUCAUUACUGGGAGGUAGAUGUCCUCCAAGCAGGAAACGGAUGGUGGAUUGGUGCCACUUACCCAACUAUACAAAGGAAAGGGGACUCUGAGUUAAGUCGUCUUGGUUGGACCAAUGGAUCAUGGUGCAUUAAAAGAUAUGAUUGCGAAUACUGGGCAUUCCACAGAGCAGAGAGAAAAUCGAUACAGCUUAACAAACCUCCAGAAAAAGUUGGUGUUUUCCUGGACUAUGAAUCUGGAGUCCUAUCCUUCUUUGAUGUCACAUCUGGAAUGAAACACUUGCACACUUUUCGCUGUAAAUUUAUUGAACCUCUGUAUCCAGCUCUACGGUUAUGGGAUGGAUCAAUCACAAUUAGUAGACUGACCUAAAAAUGCAAGCUCCUGUGGCUCACUGUAAUGAAGGAAGAGUAUCUGUGCUAGCUGGUUCAUAUAGUUCUAUAGUGUACAGCAAAUGGUACACCUUACAAUUAAUUUAACAUUUUCCAGAUGAAUAUUAUAAAAGCAGAUGAGUGAAUUAAAUCUAUACUACCCACUGUAUCCCCCACCACAUGCAGCUGUGUUUCCAGGGGCUCCAUUAUCAGUCAUUUGUGUGGGAGCUAUGUAACACCAUGGAGAAAGCUAUGCAGCUCCCACACAUGGCAGACCAAUAAGGUAAUUACAGCCUUCUUUUGGCCCUCCUGCUCACACCCAUCUCAGUGCUCACCUCAAUGAGGUGAAUGAUCAAGCCUUGUUGGUACUGACACUAUACAAUGGAAACAAAGAGAGAGACGAUUUUCCCCACUAAGGAGAAGUUACAGGUCUUUGAAAUUGUAGCAAUUAAUGCUGGGUGCUGCUUUAUGGUUUUGAAGCAGAAGGAAGUUAGUAGUGAUGUAAUUAUAUACCAUUAAUGAUACAAGAUUCAUGUGAGAUGCUGGUAGUCAUAUGGUGGAAAUACAGUAUGUUACAAAUCUAUAUAGAAGUACCCAACAUAAAAUACUACACUUCUUCCAGUAACCAAUAGCUUUUCACCAAGGAUUUUUGAAUCCAUGUAUAAAGCAAUGCUGCUCUAGUUUCCAUGCAUUUCUGUCAUGCGUUUGUGUUAUGAGAAAACGCUUAUUCUUUUCAUCCCGAGGAUCCUGAUCCUGAUACACAUGGGGCGAGAGAGGAAGCAAACGCUAUUGAAAUGUCUAUAUAAUAUAUUGUCUCAUUAAAUUAAUUUAAAGUGUU